AUGCUUAUCGACUUACCUUACGAAACAGGUGGAGCCAUUUUAAUAGUGACGUACUCUAUGCAAGGCAAACUUUGCGUAUAUCGCGUUCAAGUCAAAUGGGAAACCGCACCUGUUGACCCGGGACAGCAAAAGCAGCCCGGGUUCAGUCCACCACAUGCACCUGUUAUCCAGAUAAUACAUGUGAAGACCGAGACCCCCAAAACCGUUUUCACAAAACCCAUCGACCAUAAUGUCAACUUUACCUCUAUGAUCAAACCUAUAUCUAAUCUCACCCAUCUUGAGAUAAUCAAUGUAUCAUCGGAUAGCUCAAGUGGAGGCUCUAAUGAACCAUAUAUAUUAGCAGUGUUUUCUGCUCCUAUUCCUACUUUGGAAACGCAGCAGCAACCCAAUAGUGCUUCAAGUAUCCUCGUUCGCUGGGACCUACGUUCUGCCAGUCAGAGUUUACACGACUCCUUCGACGAAGUACCACCAAGACGACCCACACAUCAUUUGAAGCAUAGAACAGAACUUGUUAGGCAAAAUGACAUGUAUUUGGAUCAACGCGUACUUUCAAUUGAUCAUUUUGAGGCAGGAAAUGUUAUAGCUCUGACCUUCGACAACGGAAACAUCAAAUUUUUUGAUGCAAAAACGGUGCUUCCAUCCGAGUCGACGGAUAAUCUUACAGUCAUUUCGAAUCUGCCUCAAGCAGGGUUCAGCUUCCCUACUAUUGGAUCAGCAACUUGUAUUUCUUUUUCGCCCUGUGGAUGCCUGGCUGUGACAUUGGAUGAGAAUAGCGCCUUACAGCUUCACGCAAUGGAACUUUCACUUGCAACUGAAGACGGAUUGUACAGGGAUGGUGCCCGGAACGGGUUUGUCACCGAGAUAUACCAGGCUCUGUCCAUGAAUACAGAUUUUACCAUCGAACAGGAUAAACUCAUGAAUAAUCCAUAUAUCCAAAAAUGUCUUAGCAUGCAAGCUGCCCUUGGGUUCAACGGACAGUUCCAGCCACGGAGCCUUACUGCAGCUCUAUCAUGGUUUAUAUUGCAACUGAGGCAAAUCUCUAUCCUCUUCGCAUAUUUCCUUCAUUUUAACAAGAGUGGCAGUGAUUCAGAAUGUCACGAACCUGGUAUGGUCCCUGAGCAUCAUGAAUUAUUUGAGAAAUAA